AUGCCACGCAAACGCAAAGCGUCCAGCAUCACCGAGAGCCCAUCAUCAUCAACGAUGUACGCGCAGGACAACGCCACCAAAUCUGCAUUCGAACCAUACCCACCAUCAAAGGUCUACCGCCUCAUAGAACCAGGACCUGUCCUCCUCGUCUCAACAGGCUCUCUCGCAGAAUCAACCCACAACCUCAUGACGAUUGGCUUCCACAUGAUGCUGCAGCACGACUCCCCGCCGCUAAUCAACGCCUGCAUUGGGCCCUGGAAUACAAGUUUCGAGGCCCUCAAGAAAAGCGGAGAAUGCGUGCUCGCUAUCCCAGAUGCGCGCAUCGCGCAGAAAGUCGUGGACAUCGGGAACUGUGAUAGCGAUGAGGUGGAUAAGUGGGAGGCCUUUGGGAUGGAUGCGCUUCCUGCAGCUGUAGUGAAAGCGCCCCUCGUCAGUGCAGGUGAUGAGGGGAUUAUUGCGAAUGUGGAGUGUGUGGUUGUGGAUAGGAGUAUGGUCAAGAAGUACGGGAUGUGGGUUCUUAAGGCUGUGAAGGCCUGGGUGAGCCCAGGGUUUAGGGAAAGUGGGAGAACGCUUCAUCAUCGCGGAGAUGGGACGUUUUCUGUGGAUGGGGAGGUGCUGGAUUUGAAAGAGAGAAUGAUUAAAUGGAAAGAAUUCCAAGAUUGA